CUAGACUUUUACCCCCACCACAAUCAAUGAAAGGACAUGAGGAAGGUGUGCUUUGGGGUCCUGGGGGAUAAACCAGCUGAUUUUUUUUUUAUUCCGUUUCUUUUUCCCGUCCCCCCUUUGUCGUUAUCACCUUCGCGGUCGGGCUGUUGCUUGACUCUUUAACCCGCUUUCCGCCCGUGGGUUUCUACAAAGAUUUCUGUAAAUAGUCCGUCUUCUGAAAUAUGGGAUGUCUGCAUAUCCAAGGUGCUUAGACCUCUUCUAACAAACACUCCACUCUUUCUCUGUAAAAUUACUCAAGAAACCCGCCGCGUGGCCGCCCAAGCACAUGUCGUCUUUGCUGCUCCUCGUCUGAUAGCGGUCACGAAACCGUCCCUCCGUAUGGUUAUAACCUAAAACUCCACGAACCACUUCUCCGCAGUGUACCCUUUUCCGCUCCCUUCAGAGGGGGUUUAGGACGACUAAGCAGUGGCAGCCGGCCACCUUUCUUAACCCGUUGCCAUGUCUCAACCUGUGGACGAAAAGAGCGCUGGCCAACCAAACAUAGACACCGCGCAAACAACCGAUACUGGCAACGCCAGCAUGCCCAACACGAACGGCCAUGACCAUGAUAGCUCACCCACCGGUGUCAGCUCCUCACCGGCAGGCACGUUGAUGGACAAGGAGAAACAAGCAGCGCCCACGCCCGACCCCUCGACCGAGAAGGCUCCCGUUGCUGAACCCGCCGCUUCGGUCGACAGCGACACAGCCGAAGAUGAAGAGUUCUUCGACGACAACGAGUCGGAGCAGAGGCGGCGAAACGAGAUGGUGCAGCAGCUUGCGCGCACAUACACCUCCCGGUCUAAUGCGUCGGCCGCCGCUGGCGAAGAAGAUGGCAACGCAAACCCGUUCCUGAUCGCAAGUGAGGACCCGGACUCGCCCCUGAACCCUAGCGGUAACAACUUCAAGGCCUAUGCAUGGGCCAAGGCCAUCGCUGGCAUGGUCACGGCUGAGGGCGGCUCGUUCCGGACCAGCGGUAUCUGCUUCCAGAACAUGAACGUCUUCGGGUUCGGCGCUGCAACGGACUACCAGAAAACAGUGUCCAACGUCUGGUUUGAGGCAGCAAACAUGCUCCGGACCCUUGUGGGCAUGGGUAAGACAACAAGAAUUGACAUUCUGCGGGGUUUCAAUGGCGUGGUACGAAAGGGCGAGAUGUUGGUUGUAUUGGGCCCACCAGGUUCCGGGUGCAGUACAUUCCUCAAAACAAUUGCCGGCGAGACGAAUGGGCUGAACAUCGACCAGAAUGCCUACUUCAACUACCAGGGUUUGUCAGCAGAGGAAAUGCACAAACGUCAUCGAGGAGAGGCAAUCUACACUGCAGAAGUUGACGUACAUUUCCCACAAUUGUCGGUUGGAGACACCCUUACCUUUGCGGCUCAUGCAAGGUCUCCCCGCAGGGGCCCUCCAGGGGUCUCCAAGAACCUGUUCGCAAACCACCUCCGCGAUGUUGUCAUGGCAAUAUUCGGAAUCUCACACACGAUCAAUACCCGAGUCGGAAAUGAAUACAUCCGCGGUGUCUCUGGUGGUGAGAGAAAACGUGUGACAAUCGCAGAAGCUGCAUUGUCUGGCGCUCCCCUGCAAUGUUGGGACAAUAGUACCCGUGGUCUGGACAGCGCCAACGCAAUCGAGUUCUGCAAGACGCUUCGUCUGCAGACAAGACUCUUCCAAACCACAGCAUGCGUCAGUAUCUAUCAAGCGCCGCAAUCGGCAUACGACUUGUUUGAUAAAGCCGUCGUUUUAUACGAGGGUUACCAGAUUUACUUCGGUCCCGCAGACGAGGCAAAGCAGUACUUUGUAAACCUGGGCUUCGAGUGCCCUGCCCGCGCCACAACUCCUGACUUCUUGACCUCGAUGACAUCGCCACAGGAACGUAUUGUUCGUCCCGGCUUCGAGGGCAAGGCACCAAGGACACCUGAGGAAUUUGCCCUUGCCUGGACCAACAGCGCCGAGUACACCUCACUUCAGGCCGACAUUGAGGACUACAAGUCAAGGCAUCCUAUCAACGGCCCCGAUGCCGAGGCGUUCCGCAAGUCCAGGGCGGCUCAGCAAGGUCGGGGUCAGAGGCCCAACAGUCCUUACACUCUAUCCUUUUACGAACAGACCAAGCUAUGCCUGUGGCGUGGGUGGAAGCGUCUCCUGGGUGAUCCCACCCUCACCGUCGGCGCAUUGUUUGCCAAUACCCUCAUGGCUCUGGUUAUCUCAAGUAUCUUCUUCAACCUGCAAAUGACGACCGCCAGCUUCUUUCAGAGAGGUGCUCUUCUCUUCUUUGCCUGUCUACUCAAUGGAUUUGCUGCUGCGCUCGAGAUUCUGAUUCUGUUCGCUCAACGUCCAAUUGUCGAAAAACACGAUCGCUACGCCUUGUACCAUCCGUCCGCCGAAGCCGUGGCCUCGAUGCUUUGCGAUAUGCCCUACAAAGUUUGUAAUGCCAUCGUAUUCAACCUCGUGCUCUACUUCAUGGCCAACCUGCGUAGGGAAGCAGGAGCGUUCUUCUUCUACCUCCUGAUUUCGUUCGCGACUGUUCUGGCCAUGUCGAUGAUGUUCCGUACCAUCGCUUCCAUGUCUCGUUCGCUUUCACAGGCAAUGGUGCCGGCUGCGACAAUCAUCUUGGUCCUCAUUAUUUUCACCGGAUUUGUCAUACCGCUCGACUACAUGUUGGGCUGGUGUCGAUGGCUCAACUACAUUGACGUCUUGGCAUAUUCCUUCGAGUCGCUCCUGAUCAACGAGUUUGCCGGUCAAAAUUACACCUGUACCGAAUAUGUUCCAUCACCGCAGUUCCCCGGCUACGCAAACCUCACUGGCACUAACAGGGUCUGCUCGGCUGUGGGCUCUGUUCCUGGUCAGCCAUUCGUCAGGGGCGAGGAUUACCUCUACAGCUCUUUCAGGUACCAAUCAUCAAACAAGUGGCGAAACUUUGGCAUCGUCAUCGCCUUCAUGAUAUUUUUCUUGUUCACGUACAUGGUUGCGGCUGAAAAUGUGCGGGAGAAAAAGUCCAAGGGUGAGGUGCUUGUGUUCCGCCGUGGACAAAAGCCUGCAGCUCUCAAGGAUGCCAAGACAGACCCCGAGGCUGGGCCGCCCAAGGUCGGUGGCGCGGUUGUUGCUGCUAACAUGACCGACGAGGGCGGUGGUUUUAUUCAGAGACAAACGAGUACUUUUGGCUGGAGGGAUGUUUGCUACGAGGUUCAGAUCAAAAAAGAGACAAAACAAAUCUUGGAUCAUGUUGAUGGUUGGGUGAAGCCCGGAACCUUGACAGCGUUGAUGGGUGUUUCUGGCGCCGGAAAGACAACGUUACUCGACUGCUUGGCCGACAGAACCUCGAUGGGAGUCAUCACCGGUGAAAUGCUCGUAGAUGGCCACCAGCGAGAUGCCUCUUUCCAACGCAAAACUGGCUACGUUCAGCAGCAAGAUCUUCAUUUGCAGACGACAACAGUCCGUGAAGCAUUGAGCUUUAGUGCACUGCUCCGCCAACCCGCCCAUGUUCCCCGUGCCGAAAAGCUCGCCUACGUUGACGAAGUUAUCCGACUUCUUGAUAUGCAAGAGUACGCCGACGCCGUCGUCGGUGUCCCUGGAGAAGGGUUGAACGUGGAACAGAGGAAGCGCUUGACCAUAGGAGUGGAACUCGCAGCCAAGCCCCCUCUGUUGCUAUUCGUUGACGAGCCAACUUCUGGAUUGGAUUCACAAACCUCUUGGGCUAUUCUUGACCUGCUCGAAAAGCUCACCAAGAGCGGACAGGCAAUUCUCUGCACCAUCCACCAACCGUCCGCUAUGCUAUUCCAACGGUUCGACCGGCUUUUGUUCCUAGCCAAGGGCGGGAAAACGGUUUACUUUGGCGACAUUGGUGAAAACUCCAAGAUUAUGACCGCUUACUUUGAGCGCAAUGGUGGCUUCCCCUGCCCCCACGAUGCCAACCCAGCCGAAUGGAUGUUGGAGGUCAUUGGCGCAGCUCCAGGAACCACAUCAGACAUCGACUGGCACCAGACAUGGCGGGAGAGCCCCGAGUGUGCUGAUGUCCAUGCAGAGCUUGACCGACUCAAGGAGCAGACCCCGAACACGCCGCCCCCGACUGAAGACAAAGCCAGCUACCGCGAGUUUGCAGCUCCUUUCCACCAACAGAUAUUCGCUGUGACUCACCGCGUUUUCCAGCAGUACUGGCGCACACCGUCUUACAUCUACGCCAAAACUGCGCUCUGUGCCGUCACGGCCUUGUUCAUCGGAUUUGUCUUCUACGACGCGCCCAACACACAACAAGGUCUGCAGAAUCAGAUGUUUGCCAUUUUCAACAUCCUUACGGUCUUUGGCCAGCUGGUGCAGCAGACAAUGCCGCACUUUGUUAUCCAGCGUGACCUGUAUGAGGUCAGAGAGAGGCCGAGCAAGGUCUACUCAUGGAAGGUCUUCAUGCUAUCACAGAUCAUCGUCGAAAUCCCUUGGAACUCACUGAUGGCUGUCGUCAUGUUCUUCUGCUGGUAUUACCCCGUCGGCCUGUACAAGAACGCCAUCUUGGCCGACCAGGUCACAGAGCGUGGCGCUCUAGCAUUCUUGUAUCUGUGGGGGUUCCUGAUCUUCACCUCGACCUUUACUGACCUGAUGAUUGCUGGCUUUGAGACGGCCGAGGCUGGCGGCAACAUUGCGAACCUGUUCUUCUCCCUUUGUCUCAUCUUCUGCGGUGUGCUUGCCAACCCGGACACCAUGCCCAAGUUCUGGAUCUUUAUGUACCGCGUCUCGCCAUUCACUUACAUUGUGUCUGGCUUGUUGUCUGUCGCCGUCGCAAACAGCGAGGUUCGGUGCGCCAACAACGAGUACCUUCAUUUCGACCCAUUAAAUGGGACGUGCGGAGAGUUCAUGAAAAACUACAUCAACGGGGUGGACAUCCCCGGCGUGGGGAAAGUCCCAGGCGCUGGUGGUUACCUGCGCCCGGGUUCGGAAUCGUCGAGGUCCGACUGCUCCUACUGUACGAUCAAAGAUACGAAUGUGUUCCUCGUGGGCUCGCACGCCAGCUACAACGACCGGUGGAGAAACUUUGCCCUCAUCUUUGCAUAUAUCGCCUUCAACAUAAUCGGCGCCCUGUUUGUAUACUGGGCUGUGCGUGUGCCCAAGAAGAAGCUCGGUGGUAAGAACGGAGCUGAUGCCGCCGCCGCUGGUGCUGGUGCAGGUGCUACGAGAGCGAGCACUAGCAACGAGAAGGCCAAGAUGCAAAGAGAAAAGGGCGAGGUGGAGGGCCUGACCUCUGCCGUUCUGGGGACGAGCGUCGCUGGCAGCGAUGCCCCGAUGACCACCACGACGGAGGGUGAUGGUGAAAAGGCGAAGCGGAAAACCAGCGGCGAAGAAGUUGUGAGGUGAUAGAGGGUAGAGAAGUGCAGGCUGGCUGGGUCCGCUCGCUUUGUUAAUCUUUGUGUUGUGCAAUAUUGGCUUAGAUGGCGUUUCUUGGAACGUACUAUUGAAGAACAAGGUGUGUUUUUUGAGAAAACUGGAGUUUCAAUGUCGUGACAUUUCAGCGGAAAGCAAUGUUAUCUUGCAUCCAAAGGGGACGGGCGCAUGGACUGUUGUCUGAUAUCUACUAUGUAUUUCUCUUUUAAUCUUUAGGUAAUCAUAUAUCUUCAUUGUCAA